GUUUUGCCGUUUUGUUAAUUUAUUUUCUCCUACUUCGUUGCUGUUAUUUUUGUUAUCGUUGUUUGUAAACUAAUUGCCUCCAUGGGGGGCGGAGGAAAGGAAAUCAAAGCUGCCGCAGCUGAAGGGUGUGCGAGCACGCUGGGGAAGAGCCGAGGAGCCGCAGGACGGGAUGGCAACGGGAAGCCCGGCCUCGGGAAGCCCGGCUGCGGCGGGGACCGCUGCCCGCGGCGGGCAGGGCCGGUCGGCUCCGCGCUGGCCGCGCUCCUCUCGGCGCUGGCCGCGGCCUCCUGCGUCUACCUGGGGGUGCGGACCAGCGACCUCCAGGCCAGGGUCGCGGCCAUCGAAGGAGCCCGUGGGGACUUCUCUGCCGCCGCCCCGCUCCCGCCGCUGCCCGGCUUUUCCUUGGAGCAGCUGAACGCGAUGAUGCAGGAGAAAGUGGAGCGACUUCUCGCCCAGAAAUCCUACGAGCACUUGGCAAAAAUACGAGUAGCGAGAGAAGCGUCUCCAGAGUGCAACUGCCCACCAGGUCCUCCAGGGAAAAGAGGUAAGCGGGGAAGAAGAGGAGAGACUGGACCUCCUGGUCCACCAGGGCGAAAUGGCUAUCCGGGUCCGAUUGGUAUGGAUGGAAAGCUGGGUCAGCCUGGUCCUCAAGGCCCUCCUGGUCCAAAAGGCGAGAAGGGAGAUCAAGGUGAUCAGGGCCCUCGGAUGGUGUUUCCUAAAAUCAAUCAUGGGUUUCUCUCUGCUGAUCAGCAGCUCAUUAAACGCCGCCUCAUUAAGGGGGACCAAGGACAAGCUGGACCCCCUGGACCUCCAGGGCCACCAGGACCCAGAGGCCCCCCAGGAGAUACCGGCAAAGAUGGUCCUCGUGGGAUGCCUGGCUUAACGGGUGAGCCAGGAAAACCAGGAGAACAAGGACUGACAGGACCUCAGGGGCCUCCAGGACAAAAGGGUUCUGUCGGAGUGCCUGGUGUUCCAGGGAGAGAUGGACAAGUGGGUGAACCUGGUUUGCCUGGCAUAGCAGGAGAGAAGGGAGAAGCAGGGCUUAAGGGUGACCCUGGAGAAAGAGGAGAAAAGGGGGAUGCUGGUGAGAAUGGACUGAAGGGUGACACAGGAGAAAAGGGUGACCCUGGCUCUUCUGCGGCUGGAAUUAAGGGUGAACCCGGUGAAUCUGGGCGGCCUGGACAAAAGGGUGAACCAGGCCUUCCUGGGCUUCCUGGACUCCCUGGAAUAAAGGGUGAACCAGGUUUCAUUGGUCCACAAGGAGAACCUGGGUUGCCAGGGCUACCAGGAACAAAGGGUGACAAAGGAGAGGCAGGCCCUGUUGGGAAGGGUGAGCGAGGUGAACCUGGAAUCCCUGGACCAAAGGGGAAAACAGGUGAACCUGGAUCUAGAGGCCCCAAAGGGUCAAAGGGUGAUACAGGUGAGAGAGGUGACACAGGAUCUGCAGGUCCACGGGGACCACCUGGACAGAAGGGUGAUCAAGGUGCAACAGAGAUAAUUGAUUACAAUGGCAAUAUCCAUGAAGCUCUGCAGAGGAUUGCCACCCUGACUGUCACGGGACCACCAGGACCACCGGGACCCCAAGGGCUGCAAGGAUCAAAGGGUGAACCAGGAUCCCCAGGAGCUCCAGGAGUUGAUGGAGAGCAGGGUCCUAAGGGCUCAAAGGGAGACACAGGUGAUCCUGGAAUGCCUGGAGAAAAGGGAGGAAUCGGUCUGCCUGGCCUACCAGGAGCCAAUGGCAUGAAAGGCGAAAAAGGAGACGUUGGUUUGCCUGGUGCCCAAGGUCCUUCAAUGAUAGGACCACCUGGACCACCAGGGCCACAUGGUCCUCCAGGCCCCAUGGGACCUCAUGGACUGCCUGGCCCAAAGGGUGAACCAGGGUUAAAUGGUCUUAAAGGAUUGAAGGGUGAACCAGGUCAAAAGGGUGACAGAGGGCCCCUUGGUCUUCCAGGAGCAUCUGGCUUAGACGGAAAGCCAGGAGCCCGGGGCAUAGAUGGCCCAGUUGGUCCCCAUGGCCCUGCAGGUCCCAAAGGAGAGAGAGGUGAGAAGGGAACUGUAGGUGACCCUGGACCCAGAGGACCAUACGGCUUGCCUGGCAAAGACGGCGAGCCUGGCCUCGAUGGUUUCCCUGGUCCUCGAGGAGAAAAGGGUGAUAUAGGAGAAAAGGGAGAAAAGGGGGAAAAGGGAAAGAAAGGCAAAAAAGGGCCUAAAGGGGAGAAAGGAGAACAGGGUGCUCCUGGAUUAGAUGCACCUUGCCCAUUGGGUCCUGAUGGAUUACCAAUGCCUGGCUGUUGGCAAAAGGGAGUCACACCAUGGCUCAUUGCUAAAAAGAGAUAA